UCCAUCACUCAAUAGAGACGAAACAAACACGCUUCGGUUUAUCACUUUGGAAUUGACGGAGACCGGAGGGAGUCGAAGAACCGAAAAGAAAUGGCAAUUACACUCAACAAUGGAUUCAAGAUGCCCGUCGUUGGUCUGGGUGUAUGGCGUAUGGAAGGCAAAGACAUCAGAGACCUCAUUCUCAAUGCUAUCAAGAUCGGUUAUCGUCACUUUGACUGUGCUGCUGAUUACAAGAAUGAAGCAGAAGUUGGAGAGGCACUUGCAGAAGCAUUUAAGACUGGGCUUGUCAAGAGGGAGGACCUUUUCAUUACCACCAAGCUUUGGAACUCAGACCAUGGACAUGUUCUGGAAGCCUGUAAAGACAGUCUUAAGAAGCUUCAGCUAGAUUAUCUGGAUUUGUACCUUGUUCACUUCCCUAUUGCUACAAAGCAUACUGGAGUUGGUACCACUGACAGUGCUUUGGAUGAGGAUGGAGUGCUAGACAUUGACACAACCACAUCAUUGGAAACUACUUGGCAUGCCAUGGAAGAUCUUGUUUCCAAGGGUUUAGCUCGUAGCAUUGGGAUCAGCAACUAUGACAUCUUUCUAACCAGAGAUUGCUUAGCCUACUCAAAAGUGAAACCUGCCGUGAAUCAGAUUGAAACACAUCCAUAUUUCCAGCGUGACUCGCUAGUCAAAUUCUGUCAGAAACAUGGCAUCUGUGUUACGGCUCAUACUCCUCUUGGAGGUGCUGUGGCCAACACUGAAUGGUUUGGUUCAGUAUCAUGUUUGGAUGAUCCUGCUCUCAAAGGUUUGGCUGAGAAAUACAAUAGAACCGCAGCCCAGAUUGUUCUCAGAUGGGGUAUCCAAAGGAACACAGUCGUCAUCCCCAAGUCAUCGAAGCUCGAGAGAUUGAAAGAAAAUUACCAAGUUUCCGACUUUGAGCUCUCGAAAGAGGACAUGGAGCUCAUCAAAAGUGUUGAUCGGAAACAUCGGACCAACCAACCUGCCAAGUUUUGGGGAAUAGAUCUGUAUGCUUAAAAGCAUUCUCAUUAGUUACUCUGUUGGUAUAUUUCCUUUUGCUGUGCAAGUGAGCUAGCGCUCUUGCUAUUGAACUUUGUAAUGGAUUUCAGAUACUUUCUCUCGUGUCAAUGUCUUUUGUUCUUGCAA